AUGGCCACCACAACCACCGUGACUCCCGUCAAGUCCCAGCUUGUUGACAAGCUGCCUAAGCGGUUCAAGGGCAUCAAGUUUGGCAUCCAGUCCAACCAAGAUAUCGCGAACCAAGCCGUCCUUGAAGUUUCCGAUCGCCUCCUCUACGACAUUGAGAAGAACAGAGCACCCUACCAGCAUGGCCCCCUCGAUCCUCGUCUCGGUACUUCGAGCAAGACGGGAAAAUGCGCAACCUGCCAGGAGUCUCUCCAGAACUGCACAGGCCAUUUCGGCCAUGUCAGGCUUCCUCUACCUGCCUUUCAUAUCGGCUACUUGCGCUUCGUCAUGAUGAUAUUGCAGGAUAUCUGCAAGGUGAGAAUCCAGGUGCUCGUCGGUUUUGAGCACGACUAA